AUGCCCCUUUUCCACCGCAACAAAUCCCCGGCUGAGGGGUCAUCGAAGCCCUCGCGCCGAAGAGAUCAGCUUCUCGGUCUGUUCUCACGGUCUGGAUCUCCCUCGUCCUCUUCAACUGCACCCCAGGCCAAAAGCACGAAUGGUCCUGCCGUUCCUCAGGUGUCAUCCGUGUCGGGUAGUAGCCAGCAAUCCCCGAGGCCGACAUCGUCCCCUGUGAUACAGCGAAAUGAGACGCCUGACAUCCCUACAGAACUCGGGCAAGAUGAUGGACCCGUUGGCUCCAAGGAUACGCAAGAUGUUACAAGCGCUGAAACCCCUGUCUCUAAGGAUGGCUCGCUAGACCCGGCAGAGUCGACGUAUCAAAGUUCGGCGUAUCGAGCCGCUUUGUCCACGUUUAGUGCGGAUGAAAGGCAUAAGCUGGCGCAGCGAGAUACCAUAAGGAGUCUGUUCCAGCAGCUCAAUGAAUUGGACGAGGCUCACCUGGAGCAAUCGCAGUUUCGGAAAGGAGUGAAGGCAGUGACGCCGCACCUCGAGCGAGUGAAUGCUACAAUCGACUUCAUUAGCCCCUUUGUCAGCAUUGAGCCUACCGCGGGGACUGCUAUUGGGCUCGUUAAGGCUUCUAUAUCGAUUGCCGCCGCGGUAUUCGGGCACUUCAAUGAUAUUACCCAGGACAUCACAAGCUUCCUUGAUCGUAUUCCAGCCAUCGAUCGUUGCGCUGAGGUUGUCAAAGCUGAUGGACGAAUGCCCGCUAUCCACGACGCCUUGGUAAACGUAUACAAGGUCCUGCUGGAGUUCUAUUUGGCGAUCGUGACCUUGUUUGAGGACCGGCGGUUUGUCCUGCGCGCUGCAUCACAACUCCUGAACAAUGAAGUCAAGGGCAUUGUCUCAUCCUUUAAAAACCACGUCGACCUCCUUUCCAGCCUUCUUGAAGCUGAGGGCUUCGCCUCGACCCAAGAGAUCAAAGAUGAGCUCCUCGAGACCAAGAUCCGCGAAACACUCGAGCGCAACGCGAAUGGAUUGUCCUAUCGCAACGAUCUCAAAAGGCGGGCUGACGAUGCCUGCAGCUGGAUUAUAUCCGACGACUCCUUCUCCGUCUGGGUGAAUUCGCGCGAAUCGAGCCUCUUGGCCCUGUUUGGCAAUAUGGGCUUCGGGAAGACAAUGACAACAGCCUUUGUCGCAGACACCUUGGAACAGCGACAUCUCACGGUGUGUGAUUAUUACUGCAAAGACGAACAGGAGACAACGAAGCUUGGGAACAUCUACCGCAACAUCCUGGCGCAAAUCCUCAGGCAAAAGCCCAGUCUCAAACGACGCUUUGGGGACUGGUACGACAACGAGAGCACAAGGGGUACAGACCCAACGCAUUUCGACGACAAAUUGCGCAAGUUAUUGUACGAACUCAUUUCGUCAUUCUCGACGCCGCUUUUUAUCGUGUUGGAUGCGCUCGACGAGUGCGAGGCCGGUCCUCGAAAGGAGCUAUUGUCCCUGUUUGGAGAGCUGAUGAGAGAUAACGCGCGGCUGAAGGUGUUCGUAUCCUCGAGAUACAAUGACGCCGUCGAGGACGAUUUGCCAUCUAAGUUCACCACCCGGAUUGAGUUGCACCCGACCCAGGAUAGAGACCGUGCCAUCGCCGCAUAUCUUAUCGCUAACACCAAUGUUCCCGUCGCAUUUCAUUCGAGAGUCGUAGAAGAGCUCGCUUCCAGGGCCGAUGGGUCGGCCAUAUGGCUGAAGAUUGCCAUUGCGUACGUGGCGGCAUCACGCAUCAAGAGUUCCGAGGGCCUGAGGAUCGCCUUGAACCGACUCUCUUCGUCUAAAGGGCUCACCGAAUUGUACGGUAAUCUCUUCAGCAAAACCUGCGAGAUAUCGGACAACGAGGCUCUGCUGGGCAGUGCGCUGGAGAUCCUGGCUGUUGCCCGACGCCCUCUUACCGAGGAAGAGCUUGCUUAUGCCGUCUUCACCCCUGUGGACGAGGAUGCUGUGACCCUCUCUGACCUGGGCAAACUUGCUUCCAGCAUCGACCUACUCAGCCUCGUUCGUCCGUUUGUCACCGCUACGGAAGGAGAAGGCGGGAAGAGUACACGGUUACGUCUCUUGCAUCAAUCUCUCAAAGAUCUCCUCCUUACAGCUCCACCGUCGGAGUGGUGCUCUGCGAAAGAGGUGGCCACGCGAAAGAAAGGGGCACGUACUGCCGAGCUGGAGGCGAAUCUACUUCAACGUUGUAUCGAAAAUCUCCUCUUUGAGGAGUGUGGGGAGAGCAGCCUUUAUCCGGACCCCGAGAGUGAGGUCGUGUCCCCCGGGCGUCCUGAGUUGUCGCCCGAGCUUCUCGCGGGCUUCGAUAUAUUUGGCGAAGAUGAGGAAACCUCCGAUUCAAGGUCUCCUUCAGUCGUGGAUCCGUCUCAGCUCGGGUUUGGGAGCUUCUUCGCCUACGCUGCCGUCUACUGGACGAGCCAUCUUUCUGAAGUGUCACCGGAACGGCGGCCUGAUGCUAGGAAGCUGAUCGACUUAUGUCGAAAGGGAUCGGUGCGUCUAGAAAACUGGGUAGAGCAGUGGCGCCGGCCCUCAGGCUACUAUAUCCCUGAGCGCGAUUUGCCCUUUCGUUCUUUCGAAUACGUGGAGGUAUCCUCCGGCACUUUCCUCGGUGUCACACUCGCUCAUUCGGUUGACCCUCUUGUUGUCACGGCCUUAUUCGGGCCCGUGGAAUCAGUCACGGACCUACUCAGCAUUGAUGCCAGCAUUUCACCCGUUACACAAAACUCUGCAUGGACAUACGCCGGGAUCUUGCUGCGUCGGCAUUACUACUCAGCCCUCAAACUUCUCAUUCGACAUACGGCCCUCAAAUCGACGCUCUGCUCGGCCAAAUUCUUUUACGCGGUACUAGACAGAUUGAAUGACGGAGAAGAAAGCCAUACAAUAAGACCAGAACUGGAAGAAUUUAUAGAAUACCUGAUCAGCGAGCUACGCGAGGAUCUCCUGGACUUCGGUAACGGUCUCUUCUGCAGGACAGCAGAGUUAGGGUGCCUCAUAAUGAUCAGGAUGCUAUGGAGUGCGGCCGAGAAAGACGCAGAAUUACGGCAGGCUCUCCUAACGCCAACUGCGGGACACCGUGGGAGGAAAGAGAGCUAUUACCACCAUCAAUCCAUUGGCUUGGCCGCGUGCAAUGGCCAUGCCGAUGUCGUCCGCUUCCUGUGCCAGCAGCCCGAGCUUGAGCCCCACCUGCGGUACAUCAAUGGCGCAGGUCUGACCGUCUUCCACCAGGCGAUGAGGCUUCUCAACGAGGAGGUCUUGGUAACGUUGACUCGGCACUGGCCAGAAGGGGUCAACAUCCGGGAUAAGGAUGGCAGCACGCCGCUAUGCCGUUUUAUUGACGACCGUCAUCGAUCGGACGAAGACCGAGUGAUCACAUUCACUAGGAUCUUUCUGCAUCAAGGAAAGGCCGAUGCGACCGGCCGCGAUGACAUCCCGGGGGAGUCGCCGCUGUGCAUCGCCGUUCGCCGCGGUCACGUAGCGCUUAUGAGGAUCCUCGUUGUUGAGGGCGGAGCAGAUGUGGCGCAGGUCGUUACGAUUGACGAGGCAACAGGAAGACCUGCUCUCGUAAAGGAUAUCCAGACAUAUGAUGACGACGCGGAGGGGCUACGGGACCGGAUGCUGAAGGAGCUGUGUUCUUUGCUUCCACUUGCUGUAUCGGUCGAGCAUCUCAGCUAA